ACCGGCAGUGACGUCGCAGUCGCCGCCAUAUUGAAAUGUUUCCCCUGUCCUCUUCUUCGAGCUCAACAGCAGCCAUCAGCUCUCGAUUUUCAGUUGGAGACAGGGACAACAACACAGACAUGGAGAUAGACACUCUUCUGGAAGCUCUUAAAGAUUUUGACAAGAAGGUGAAGAAAGAAGCGUCUCCGCCGCUGGACCAGUUUUUGUGCCAUAUUGCGAAGACCGGGGAAACCCUGGUGUCCUGGUCUCAGUUUAAAAGCUAUUUCAUAUUCAAACUGGAGAAAGUAAUGGAGGAUUUCCAAGCGUCGGCCCCAGAGCAACGAGGGCCUGCCAACCCAAACGUGGAGUCAAUUCCCUUCGAAGAAAUGAAGGAGAGAAUUCUUAAGAUUGUCGAUGGAUACAACGGGAUCCCAUUUACUAUCCAGCGCUUGUGCGAGCUGCUCACGGAACCUAAGAGGAACUACGCAGGAACAGAGAAGUUUCUCAGAGGGGUAGAGAAGAAUGUGAUGGUGGUCAGUUGCAUUUAUCCUACAUCUGAGAAAAAUGGCUGCAGUGGUAUCAACAGAAUGAAUGGAGUCAUGUUGCCAGGGAACACAUCUGCCUUUACAGAGAGGAAAGUGAAUGGUCCAGGAACACCCAGACCAUUAAACAGACAGAAACACUCCAUGGCCAGUUCGCUGGCCACAAACGGCCUUCCGGACAGUACAGAAAACAAAGAGACGAACUCAUCACAAGGACAUAGCAAAACAGCCAGUGAUGCAUCUGUAUCAGGCAUUGGUGGGCCUCUCAGCAGCUCUGUUAAAAACAAACACUUAGAUGAUGAGGAAGAUGAGGGCAUGGAGGAGGAGGAACAUGAAGUAAAGAGACUCAAAUUCAACGAGGAUGGCAAUGAAGAAGAUGAGGAUGAAGAUGUAGACGAGCAGGUUGUCGAGAAACCCAGAUCUACAUCGUCCAAAGGCUCCUCAGAUAAGUCGGAGGAUGCCGAAUCACCGUCAUCCAUGUUGCAGGAGGGGAGUGAAGAAGAGGAGGAAAGUAAACCUCAUGGUUCAGUUGAAAGUUCUGAGGACCAAGAGCCUUCCAGCACACAGCCUGAGUGUCCCGCCGCAGAUUCCAGAGAGGCUUUUACUGAGAGAGAGGUUCCUUGUGGCUCAGAUGACUCCUCAGAAGAGCCCAGUGAUAUGGACCAAUCAGAGCAGAGAGCCCCGGCGGGUGUGGCCUCUAGCCCUGAGGUGAGAGAAGGGGAGGAGCCAAGCGAGCAGGUCAGCAGCAGUAGCACUGAUGAAAAUGCCUCUGGACCCACAUCCAGCAGCAGUAGCGUAGAGUCACCCACAGAGGGCGACUCCGGGUCAGGGGCCCUGGACUCAGAGGGCGCAGAGGAGGAGCCUAUGGAGCAGGACUAAAAGCCUGCAGACUACUGCCCUAAACAAUAACUGCGUUCUUUUGUGGAGAUUAAAACGGCACACACUUAAGUGGCCUUCCACAAAGGCCAUCAGAAGCAACGCCCAAUCUACCACCAUGCGCCUUUUGGUCGAGAGUCCACCUAACUUCUCCAACCUUCCCAAACGGACACUUUAUGCAGAUGUACAUAUGAUUUUAUUGCUGAAGUCAAGGUUUUAAACUCCCUCUUUUUUUUUUUCAGUUUCUUUCCUUUAAUUUCAUCCAUGUCAUCGGUUUCUGCCAGUCUGUCAAAGCGGUUCGACUGAAGUUCUUUGGUGUCCAGUAAUCACACUGUCAACUCUGACACCACUAACGGCUAAUUAAAAGAAUAUUCAUGGCUAAAUACAAGUUAAAGUCUAUUGACAAAGCUGUUGGAGUCUUUCAGUUACUACAGGAAAUAUUUCCAACUCAUUUUUCAGUAAGAAAAAGCGGAAUGUCGCUUGCCCAUAGACUUGUAUAAUAAAUGCGUUUCAGAGACAAAAUAUUUUGUUGUAAAUGACACCAUGUCUCAGCUGUUGUUAAAGCUUAACUUGUAUUUAACCAUAUUUAAGGAGAAAGUUUAAUCUGUAUCCAGUCUUGUUUCUAAGUUUAGGACACCUGCUAGGACGUGUCGUCUCUGCUUUGGUGUAUUAAUAUUUUAGUCACAGUGUCAAACAUCAGGGCAGUGGAGUUUAUCAUCUUGCUCUCUCUGAAGAACCAUAACUGGCUGCUUUUACAGUUAUGUUCAAAGCAAAUACAAGCCAUAGCUAUCUUUGUUCUGUUAAAUGAUUCGAGCCUAGCGUAACAUAAUUUUUUUUCUGGUCCUUUGUGUGUAACUGACAGGAUGUAAAAUCUAUUUUCUCACACGCUACCACCUUCGCUUUUGUAUUAUUGUGCAGUCUGCGCUGCAUUGAAAGUAAGUGGUUUAUGUCAGGUACAUUUACCUCUUGAUUUAAACUGAUUUCAUGAUUCACAUUAAUUUAUACCAACGUUUUGAUCUUCUGUUUUAUGAGAAGUUGUUUUCAUUUGUUGUUCUUGGCAGGUGGUUAUUGACGGCUCCGACUAGCUCAAUUACAAUGUUAUUUGUGACAGUCCAACCCUGAGUUGUCCCACCGAUAACAGCUGGCUGCCGUUUUGCAGCUGUGCGAUUUUUGAUAUUUAGAAUUUUUAAAUUUCUGUAAAGUAGUGUUUUGUAGAGCAUUGUGUUCACUGCCUUUUGUGCAUCCAUGUAUAAUUUUUUUUUUUUUUUUUUUUUUUUUGGUGUAUUACUGAAUGCGUGUGGUUUCAAUACAGUAUUCAGAUGAAGCAAUAAAUGUUAUUGUUUUAAAUGUUU